AUGUCGGCAACUGUCACAGAGAACCCCGUCACGACGACAAUUCAACGAGACUACCUCCAUGACUACCAGAUUCGCCUCACUGGAGGCGUCGAGGAAGCCUUCGCGAGAGGCAAUGCGGACGCGCCAUCGCCAGCAGCAGUGAACCCGCCCGGCUGGUACGACCAGCAUCGCCAGGUCCCUCCGUACAGACCGGCGAACACGAAUAUGGAUAUAGCAGACAGGCCAUGGGGGUCAAAUGGCAUCGAGUCGGCCUUUGUGUUUGUCAUGUUGAAUGGGUGUUGGCUUCAAGGGGUAACCAACUGGCUCUGGAGGUCGACGGGUGGCAGAGUGAACAAGGAUGUUUUUAGGUUCAAGGUCGGUGGUGAGUUUUGA